AUGGUGCUGCGAUCAGCUCGUUGCAGCCAGAUUAAUUCUGUCGCUCAGUCCUUCAGACGUGGGCAACACCGCGCAAAGUCGGCACUGGCUCCUCAGUUCCUCCUGGACACCUACAUCCCGCGAUAUCAACUACUCACGGCUCAACAAGAAGCAAGGAAACGUAGCGAGGCGUACGCGCAUCUUCGGAACUGUAACCUCUGCCCUCGUCUUUGCGGCGUCAACAGAUUCGAACGAACUGGGACAUGCUUAAUAGGGAGUGACGUAGUGGUAAACACGGUGGCGCCCCAUUUCGGCGAGGAACCUACUAUUCAAGGGCGUAAUGGCAGUGGCAGCGUCUUCUUCUCCGGUUGCAAUCUACGAUGCGUCUUCUGCCAGAACCACGACAUAGCGCACCAGAAGAAUGGCUUCCACUUAUCGCCUGAGGAACUCGCAGACUGGUAUAUCAAGCUCCAGGACGUCGGUGGCGUGCACAACAUCAAUCUUGUUACGCCGGAGCACGUUGUGCCUCAAGUCGCUCUGUCGAUUUUGCAUGCGAAGGAGCUUGGCCUGAAAGUACCGAUCAUCUACAACACCUCUUCGUUCGACUCGCUGGCUUCUAUAGAACUGCUGGACGGCUUGGUUGAUAUAUAUCUGCCAGACUUCAAGGUCUGGAAUGCCAAAACUUCCCAGCGGCUGUUGAAAGCAGACGACUAUGCUACUGUCGCGAUGGAGAGCAUCAAAGCGAUGCACGAUCAGGUCGGUGACCUUUGCUUCACCUCUGAUGGCAUUGCCAAAAAGGGUGUACUACUACGGCAUCUGGUCAUGCCCGGCUUCGAGGAGGAAGGCAAGCACAUUGUUCGGUGGCUCUCCGAGAACGUGAGCAAGGAUCUCUAUGUGCACAUUAUGGAUCAGUAUCACCCGCGUGCGCAUGUUGGAAAGGAGAAGCGGUCGAGGAUUGGCAGAGCGGAGGAUGUUGCAGAGGGGAUGGUAGAGCCGGGUGGACAGGCUGCUGGUGAGCAGGGGAAGAAGCAGGUGAGGUACGAGGAGAUCAAUCGGGCUGUGAAAAUGGAUGAGGUGGACAGUGUGAAGAAGGCGGCAGAGGAGAGUGGGCUGUGGAGAUUUGCUGAUGCUUCUGAGCACAGCAUUUUCAGUAUUUGA